ACGGAGGGGGCAGCGGAGGCGGAGUCAGCGUCAGCAGCAGGGAUAGCGGUGACGGGUGUGGAGGAGGAUGAGGAGGCGGUGGAUGUGAUCAUGUUUGUGGGUGGAGACGGGACGUUGCAUGAGGGACUGCAGGGUCUCUUCCAGCGCCCCGACUGGUCCUCCGCCCGCCACGUGCCGCUGCUGGCUGUUCCCUCGGGCAGCGGCAACGGCCUGGCCGCCAGCUGCGGGCUGUGGGACCCCGUGACUGCGGUGGUGGCGCUGCUGAGGGGCCGUACGGCACCGGUGGAUGUGGCGUCCGUACUGCAACCGCCUGGCAACCGCUUCUACUGCAUCCUGUCUGUGGUGUACGGGGCUAUGGCCAACUUGGAUGUUGGGACCAACCACCUGAGGUGGAUGGGUGAGCUGCGGUUCCAUCUGGGCGGCCUGUGGGAGCUCAUCCGGGGCCGCUGCUACAGCGCCCGAGUCUUCGUGCUGCCGCCAGCAGCGCCGCCAGCAGACGUCCCCAACAGCACCAGCAGCACCAGUAACCCGGGCAGCAGCAGCAACCCCGGCCCGGAGGAGCCAGGCCUUGCGCCUGCCAGCGGGCCCAGCCGAGCUCUGGUGACAGCAGCAGCAACAACAACAGUAAGCAGGCCAGCAGCAAGUGGGGCUGGCGAGGGCGGCAGCAUGAGGGAGCGGCUGCUGCCGCCGGAGGAGCCCGGGUGGCUGGGCGGGGGCGGGAGCGGGAGCGGCGCUGCGGAUGGGACGCAGCUGUCGGACUACCCGCCAGGCCCGCCCCUCCCAGCCCUCUCGCAGCUCCCCUGCCUGCCCGCCCGCCUGCCUGACAGCCCCGCCGCACUCCCCGGCGGCUGGCGGCAGCUGCCGGACGCCUUCGCCAUCUUUGGUGUCUACAACACGCAGUACAUAGCCCUGGGGGCGCGACCCAACCCCGGGGGGCGCAUGGGAGACGGC